CAUUGUUAGACACGCCCCUAUGUUCAAGGAACACCGCUUCAUACAUACACUGUUGUUAGCGACGUAUUAGCCUCUACGGCCAAUUUCAUUUUUUGACAUUUCCCACCAGCUGCCACUUCUCAGAACUUCACUUUUUUUUGUCACGGACAGGUGAAUUUGUUAGCUGGGUGCCAUUUCACUGGUGGGUCAAAUUGUUGCUGGUGGCAGUCCUGCGAGCCCCUUUGAGUAUGCGUAUACAAUGAAGAGGCGCGUGGAGGACCAGGAACCAAUAUUUGCGCCCCAACAACAGCCAACACGUCGCCCCCCAGUUCAAGGCAUUGCAGACAGCUUCCAGCACCGGGCCCUCGCCCCGGCCCCUUCUGUGAUCGAGGCAGCUGCAGACAACAUGCAGCCGUCCACCGGUAUCCAGUAUUCUCUCCCCCAGGGCUACCAGGUGCCUACGAUGCCCCAGAGCACGAGUGGACAUGGACACGGACAUAACAAUGCUGCUCCUCAUGUUGGUCCCCACGCUCACCCCCUGGCAGUGCAGUCCCAGGGCCCUGCGGUGGUCCAGGGUCACGUUCAUCCACCUGCACCCAUGACUUCAACCCAAGGACAGCAGUUUCAGCGACUGAAGGUUGAAGAUGCCUUGUCCUAUCUGGAUCAAGUGAAGCUGCAGUUUGGGAAUCAGCCACAAGUUUAUAACGACUUCCUUGAUAUCAUGAAAGAGUUCAAAUCACAGAGCAUAGACACUCCUGGAGUCAUCAACCGUGUCUCCCAGCUCUUCAAGGGCCACCCAGACCUCAUCAUGGGGUUUAACACUUUCUUGCCACCCGGAUAUAAGAUCGAGGUUCAGACCAACGAACAGGUCAACGUGACCACGCCAGGUCAGAUCCACUACAUCACCCCUCAUGGCAUCUCUGUUCAGAACAUCCCUAUAAGUGGAGCGCCCAGCCAACCCGCGAGCCACAACCAGCACCAGAGUCUGCCACAGGCCGGCCCGCACACUGCCACCAACACCACCACCAACACAACCACCACCUCCACCCCACCGACCCCCACCCAACCUGCUCCAAACAAAACCAGCAAGCCGAUUCAGUCUCCGGCCCACACGCCCACCAGCCAACCCAACCCAUCCAUCCCAUCCUACGCCUCGCCGCGCUCCCCCUCGGUCCAGUCCCACACUCCUGUGAGCAGCACGCCGUCCGGUGGGCCGCCUCUCCAGAACAACCAGCCCGUGGAGUUCAACCACGCUAUAAACUACGUCAACAAGAUCAAGAACCGCUUCCAGGGUCAGCCAGACAUCUACAAAGCCUUCCUGGAAAUCCUCCACACGUACCAGAAGGAGCAACGAAAUGCUAAAGAGGCAGCGGGCAACUACAUCCCAUCACUGACCGAGCAGGAGGUCUACACUCAGGUGGCAAGACUCUUCAAGAACCAGGAGGACCUGCUGUCAGAGUUCGGACAGUUUCUGCCAGAUGCAAACAGCACAAUGCUGCUGGGCAAGACUACACCAGACCGGGCCGAGUCGGUGCGUAACGAUCAUGGCGGCACAGUGAAGAGACCUUUACUGAACAGCAAACAGAGGCUGAGCCAGAACGGCCUGCCGAUCAGGAGACCUGCUGGAGUGGGAGCCCCGCCUGUCAAGAAAAAGCCCAAAAUAUUGGGGAAGGAUCACGGCAUGACUGAAGUCGGCAAACACAGCACCAGCACUGAAACCAUGUUCUUUGAGAAGGUGAAGAAGGCUCUGCGGAGCUCUGAGGCGUACGACAACUUCCUGCGGUGUCUUCACAUUUUCAACCAGGAAGUGAUCUCUCGGGCCGAGCUGGUCCAGCUAGUCAUCCCAUUUCUUGGAAAAUUCCCGGAGCUUUUCACGUGGUUUAAGAACUUCCUGGGCUACCGAGAGUCGAUUCACGGGGAGUCGAGCCACGCGGAGAGUUUACCCAAGGAGCGCGCCACCGAGGGCAUCGCGAUGGAGAUCGACUACGCCUCCUGCAAGAGGCUGGGCUCCAGCUACAGAGCGCUGCCCAAGAGCUACCAGCAGCCCAAGUGCACAGGAAGGACGCCGCUGUGCAGAGAGGUUCUGAAUGACACGUGGGUGUCGUUUCCAUCGUGGUCUGAAGAUUCGACGUUUGUGAGCUCCAAGAAGACUCAAUACGAGGAGCACAUUUACAGAUGUGAGGACGAGCGCUUUGAGCUGGACGUGGUGUUGGAAGCCAACCUGGCCACGAUACGAGCCCUGGAGGCGGUGCAGCGGAGGAUGUCCCGCAUGUCGGCGGAGGAGCAGCUGCGCUUCAAGCUGGACAACACGAUGGGCGGCUCCUCGGAGGUGAUUCACCGCAAAGCCAUCCAGAGGAUAUAUGGCGACAAGGCCCACGACAUCAUCGACGGGCUCAAGAAGAACCCGGCUGUGUCGGUUCCCAUAGUGCUGAAAAGGUUAAAAAUGAAAGAGGAGGAGUGGAGAGAAGCCCAGAGAGGCUUCAACAAAAUCUGGCGGGAGCAGAAUGAGAAGUAUUACCUGAAGUCACUCGACCAUCAAGGCAUCAACUUCAAGCAGAACGACACCAAAGUGUUGCGUUCGAAGACCUUACUCAAUGAAAUUGAGAUGCUGUAUGAUGACCGCCAGGAGCGAGCGGCGGAGGAAAGCGCCACACCGCUGCCGAGCGGCCCACACCUGACCCAGACCUACGACGACAGCCAAAUCCUGGAGGACGCCGCCGCCCUCAUCAUCCACCACGUCAAACGACAGGUGGGCAUCCAGAAAGAAGACAAAUACAAGAUCAAACAGAUCAUCCACCACUUCAUCCCCGACCUGCUGUUCGCUCGGCGAGGUGAGCUCUCCGAUGUGGAGGAGGAGGAGGAAGAGGAUGAGGAAGAAGACAUGGAGUUGGACCCGGACGGCCCCAAGAAGCACAACGGCCUGCCAGGCGGCAGCAGCCCGUCCAAGUCCAAGCUCCUCUUCGGCAGCACGGCAGCUCAGAAGCCGCGGGGCACCGAUGAGGCCUACAGCAUGUUCUUCGUCAACAACUACUGGUACAUCUUCCUCCGUCUUCACCACAUCCUGUGCUCUCGCCUGCUGCGCAUCUACGGCCAAGCCGAGAAGCAGAUUGAGGAGGACGCCCGCGAGAGAGAGUGGGAAAGAGAAGUGCUGGGGCUCAAAAGGGAGAAAAACGAAAAUCCAGCAAUCCAAUUGAAGAUGAAGGAGCCAAUGGAUGUUGAUGUGGAGGACUAUUACUCCGUGUUUCUGGAAAUGGUGCGUAAUCUGUUGGACGGAAACAUGGAGCCGACUCACUACGAGGACUCCCUGAGGGAAAUGUUUACCAUCCACGCCUACAUCGCCUUCACCAUGGACAAACUCAUCCAGAGCAUCGUCCGGCAGCUCCAGCACCUCGUCACUGACGACGUGUGCUCGCGUGUCACCGACAUGUACCUGAGCGAAGGAGCCAAUAAAUCCACGGGCGGCGCUCUGUCCACGCAGACGUCCAGGGCCACAGCGGAGGGAGCCUACCAGCGCAAAGCAGAGCAGCUAAUGACGGACGAGAACUGCUUCAAGCUGAUGUUUGUGAAGAGCCGAGGAGCCGUCAGUCUGGCCAUGGAGCUGCUGGACACGGAGGACGACAACUCUGAUGAGCCGGCGGAUGCAGAGAGGUGGUCCGUCUACGUGGGCCGGUACCUGAACUCAGAUUCUGCGUCCCCAGAGCUGCGUGAGCAUCUGUCCCAGAAGCCCGUGUUCCUCCCCAGGAACUUGAGACGGAUCAGGAAGUGCCAGAGAGGAUGGGAGAGGCUGCAGCAGGAGAGGAUGAACAAGGCGCCCUCGGACAAGUCGCAGGACGCCAGCGGGGAGCUGAAGAUGGAGUGCAUGUUCAAGCUCAACUCCUACAAGAUGGUCUACGUCUGCAAGUCGGAGGACUACAUGUACCGGCACACGGCGCUCACACGGGCUCAUCAGUCCCAGCAGCGGGUCAACACACGGCUGCACAGACGCUUCCACUCCUGGCUGGACUCCUGGGCCGAAGAGCACGUGACCGCCGACAUGUCCGCCGACAACCGCAAGUGGCUGAUGGGAGAGAGACGAGAGGGCCUGUUGCCCUGCAGCACCACCUGCAACCCGGAGGUCCUCCACUACAUCAACGUCAACAAGUACCGGGUGAAGUACAGAACUCUGUAGUCUCUCUUUAAAUUAAGGAUAAACUGGCAGCAACUCUCUCCACACAACAAACCGCUGGACGAUGACUUCAUACACAUAUAUAUAUAUAUAUAUAUAUAUGUAUAUGUAGCUUUGUGCAGAACUUCUACAGCCUGCUGUCGCUGGAUUCAGAUGCCAAAAUACAGGAACUUUCAAGCUCAUGUAAACAGAGGUUCUGCAGGCGUUGCUGUCACUGCCUGUCUCAGAAAUCCCAAUAUUAUAUUACAUGUAGAUUUUUUUACAUGAGAUGAUUAUAAAGAGAAAACACUCCGUCUUUUUGGAGAAAUUCACAGUUUACACAAAUUAAAAAGUGGUUAAGCAUUUCAUAACAAAAACUAAAGCGUCUUUUGAGAUCCACAACAUUUUACAGGAAAUGAAAACAAACCUGCUCAGUUUUUGUUUCCCUGUAAACUUGUAUAGCCUGUGAAUGUUUGCUUUUUCUUCUUCAGUGGUAAAGGUGCAGCGAGGCACUCUAAUAUAUUCUCUGGCGACCGCUGGGUAGACGCUCGGCAGCAGUACAAAGCCAGCAGUGUAUAUCGUGUACAAUAAUUUAUGACCGCCCAAACGCUUCUGUGUAAAUAUGCUGUUUAUAUCUAGAUCCUUUCUUUUUUUUAUCGGAUGUCAUGGAUGUGUAGCGUGCAUUAACACACACAUAUUGAGUACCAGUCUUUAGCUAGAGGUUGCAGAGAAAAUGCAAAACUGUCUCUCCUUUUUUUUUUUUUUUUUUUUUUUUUUUUUUUGUAAUUGGAGACCUUUGUGGUUUAACGUGUCGUCGUUAAAGUCUCUGUUUAGUAGAAAAAUGUCCGUUUUUUUACGUGUUUCUGCGCAUUUCUACCUUCCGUCUUUGGCGACAGUGUCACUCGUGGUUUUAAGAUGAUUGAAUGUAGCUGAGCCGUAAUUUCUCUUCUUUUAUUUUAAUUUUUUUUUAAAUACAGUAUAUGUCCGUUUUUCAAAGUACUGAAGUCUAAACAGUACUUUUUCCCAUAUUUAAACUUUACCAAAUGGUCAGAAUCUGAUCCACAGGUUCUCACGAUGUGUCACCCUAUAGACACUGAACACCAGUUGUGUUUAUUUCUUAUUUUUAGAGUUGCUGUUUAUGUACAGGUCGUCUCUAUUUGAACGUCAGACAUGUGACUUGUGUACAGUUUAAGGAUUAAGAAAACAGCAAUAAUAGUUCCUUUAGAUGCAGUUUAUCAAAGCUAUCGGUUUGUGUUUCUUGCUGAAAUACAAAUGUGAAUGUUGUAUUCCCUUUAAAACAGAGGGACGUAAACGAAGCAUUUUUAUUGCCUUUUGUCGUCUGCAGUUUGUUUAAUAAAGCUGGAAUUGGCCCUGUAGAUGCUGUAGGUAAUGUCAGAUGGAGACGGGAAGACAUCACGCGGUCAGAAACCGACUCAAUGUUAACGCGAGGAGCAAAGUGAGAUCCUCAUUAUUUUUCGACGAGCAGGACGGAAGCAAACGCACCAAAAGUUCACGACGGAGGCGCUGCCCGACUAAACCUUCAUCCUCCACGAAACAUUACCAGCUACAGACAAUCUUGGAACAGUUUAUGACUUUUUAUUUUUAUAUUUACUGUGUUUUAAUAAGGAAUACCACAGGAAGUCCCCGGGGAGAUGAUUGUACAUAAAGACAUCGUUUGUACCUCGUUUUAAUGUGUCUCUUCUCUUGACUUAUGAUGUUGUACAUGAGUGUUAGUAUGAUGUUUGGCAUUAAACAAUCCUUUAAAUAGACUCAGUCGACCACUUCCUGUUUUUAUUUUCUUUCUUUAAAAAGGGGCCUGCAGUCUGACCAGGACGUUCUUCAUCAGGUGAUAUCUGUGAUGUUUAGUGUGCAGACUCUGCUGCUGCUUCUAUCUAAAGACCGACAGCAUGAACUCAACGAUGCAACACAAAGACGUCAUCGUCUGAUCUUUAAUUUCCAAUGCUUGAAAAGAUCUGUUCAAAAAGGGAGGUUCAAAAAAACAGUAUUCUGAAAUUGUGAUUUAUUUUUUUUUUUUUCAUGGUGAAAAACCAAAUUAUUUGAUUUUGUUUUAAAUUUCUGGCGCUGAAACAUUAUUUUUGUCGGAGGGAAUUUGAACUGGUGGACUUCUGCUACGCUCGUACGUAGAUCCGUGUGCACACCACGUCAUCGGCUCCGAAGGUCUGGAAGGAGAUUGAGAGAAGAGAAGAAAAAGAAAUGUGAUUAUCACUUCAUCAGCAGUGGUGUCAUGUCUCCUAUACAUACAACCAGUCCAUCAGAAUCAAAACGCGUCUUUUGUCUCUUAGGUGAGAUACUAAGCAGCAGUGAAAGAAGUACUCAGAAAUCAAAAUAACUCAAUUACAAGUGUCAACAUUGUAUUUGACAAAAUAUACUUGGUUACAAAUUUCCCCCGCUGAUACUAAACGUAUAAAACAAUGUUACCACCAUCUUUUUGAAAUAGGUUUCUUUCUUUUAAUCGAACAAAACUGGAGACACAAACGAUGUAUUGCUGAAAGGUUUGUACAAGCUGCAGUUGAAGUAAUUGUCCCUCUUCAUGUUAUUUAGAGCUAUCUCAGUGCUUCUCGGUGAAGCACUUAACAUGUCCGGUUUUCAUGUAUUGUAGUCCCUAAAUGUCUCCCAACACCAUAUUAAAGUCCUCAUGUCUCUCUGCAGCCUCCACUAAUGCCGGCUAAUGUCAUGAUCUUAAUUUGACGCAGCUGCCCGAAGAAAGAAACAGACGUGACUCAAACUGAUCUGAGAACGGGGUGGAAACACGGGACACCCCGGGUUAUGUCAGAGUCCAAAAGAUUUAUGGGCGUCCCAGGGGCCAACUGCAGGGCCACACAUCAUCAUUAUCUCAGGCCGUGCAUUGUGGCGGGACGGGGGGGGUGAAAAAUGGAGCUGAGGGCGACUCCCAUCUGGCACGUGGCGCGAUUGCCGAGGGAGACAUUAACUGGAAGCAACGCCAGGGUCCAUUGGCAUUUUUUAACAGCAUGAUCAAUGAGACCAAUUAAAGCCAGCAGGAGGGCGCGCACACACACACACACAGAUAUCUGGACCCCCGACACCAUCACAGCCACACAAAUCCAUCUGGCUCCAGUCCCAUCAUAAAUAGCCAAUCCAGGACUGCAUUAAUCUCUAAAAAAAAAUCAAUAUUCAUUGGCUUAAAAUGUAAAGGAAGUAUACGAGGCUCCUUGCAUGGACGAGUAAAAGAGCGUUUAUCCUCCAGUAGACUCUCCAACUGGUCUCUUUUAAGUCCACCUAUCUUGGAUCAAAGUGAGCCGCCACAUGUUUUCGUCAUUAAGCACCGCAUCCACCCCAAUGCCUAAUCCCCUCAUCUGCUGGCCAGUGCUUUUAUUCAACUUUAUGUGCAUUUCAUUCGGUUCAUACUGAGGGGUCGAUCACAUUCCUCCGAGGACAAGAGGUGAGGGAACUCGUCUCAGUAAAAGAGAUGUGUUGGUCUUUAGUUCCCUUUUGUAACGGCCGUGUCCGUCUGUUCAUCCGGUCCAUUCUGUCUCACCAACGCAUUGAGGGAAUUUCCUUCCAUCUCCAUAAUUGAUAUACUAAUUAUGGCAAUUUCAAAGUGAUGACAAUCUGGAUGUAAACUGCAACUCGACUGGUCGGAGAAGGCACACAGCCUUGAGUUUGUAAUUAACUAGCUCUAAAUCCACUAAACCAGCCUGAACAUCUGGAAUUAUUAAAUGAGUCUGUGUAUAAAAU